UACGACGAUGACGACAAAGAAGUGUGGAAACAAUUUCGACGAGAGCUUAUUAAGGAGGGAUUCUCGGAUGAUAUUUUGGCUCAGCACAAGGUAGUAUUACAUUUUCCAACGAUGAGUCCUGACCAUAUGCUAAGUCUGAUCUUUACAGGAUGUUCUCAGAGCGUAUAUACGCCAAAUAGACCAAGAGGGACUGUUGGAUGAGAUGCCCCCGCGACUCCUAGCGCCAGCUCAGCAGACAGGAAUUAAUCCGCAGCACUGGCUAGAUAACUUGCACCCGUCUCCUCCACCAUCCGAAGGACCUCCUCCAACUUUCGAUUCGCUGAAUACGCCAACGGAUGAUGGCAGUGCAAAGGAAAUGGUUGUUCGCGAAGAGAAUAUGAAAUUUCCUCAGUCAAUGAAGUUCGAAAGACGCAAGCCAGAAACGCGGCAUAGCGAUCUUUACGGACAACUGGAUUUUCUCGAGUCAUCGAAAGACAUAAUUCCACGAACGACCCCUGCCGUACCGACAUUAAUCGCAUCAGAUGAAAAGGAGGUUCAGUAUUACAACACAGAUGGAUCAUCGGAUGAAGACUCGGAAAGCGAGGGUUCGUCCAAAGGCCGACAUAGAAGCCUUAUUCCGUCGAAGGCUCCACCAAUGGGCGUCGUAGUAUUCACUAGUGACUUGUUCCAGUCGUUCAACUCGAACCAAGGGUUGAAACUCAUGCUACCCGGCUCCCCGACAAGUUUCAGAAGCAGCCAAGGCUCUUUUGGCGAGGAGGAUAAUAUGCGCUCCAUUGCAAUUCGCCCAAAGAAUCCAGCAGAAUUUGGAUCUUCACCUUCCCGGCCAGGCGCGAUUCCUAUCCCAGCAGCAAGUCCAAGAACUUCCAGUGAUGGAUUCAGCACCAGCCCAAGGCCAGAGACGAUUCGUCUGGCUCCAGACGAGCAUGGGAAUGAGAUCCCUCCUAAUGCCCACUGGACAAAAAUCAACCGCCGUCUUGUAUCACCAGAAGUUCUGGAUCAAGAUCACAGACGAUAUGAAGCUCGUCCAGAGUGGGUAGCAGUCCUCGGAGUCCUCACCCGCGCAGAAAUCGAGUCUUACGCCGCCCGCUCGGCCGAGCUUCGUCGUCAACGGAAUCGAGCUGCUUUCCCCAAAGAGACCCCUCCGCCUCAACCGCCACGUCCUGUAUCCAUGCCACGCGCCAACUCCCACCCGCACACCGGUCACGACACACCCUCGGCAACGGACUCAGAAUCGUCAGACUCUACACACCGCCACCAACAAAGCCGAAAUCGCCCAGGCCGUGGGUACACACCAUCAGAUAUCCAUGUCCCCAUCUCCGGAUAUCCCAAUCCUUUCGGCCAACCCAUCCCAAUCAAAGAAUCCGCCCGAGGUCCUCCGUCACCAAACUGGAGUCCACCAAGCUCCAUGCAACAUGGCGUCCGGAUGGCGAGCCCACCGAAGAACCUCAGUGAUGGAGGAAUCUGGGUUCCUGCCCAGGGACAACAAGGUGGAGUGUAUUAUCCACCGAAAGAAAGGGAGAGGGAACGGCAACGAUCGAGCCGGAGGCAUUAUUCGCACGAUUCCCAAUCUAAGAGCUCCCAUUCGGGUCGAGACAGAGACAGAGAGAGGGAAAAAAGCAAAGACAAGAAGGCAUCACCUCCACAAAAAGUAAGCCGAUGGAAAGAGAAUUUGACAGCUGCUAGUAUAGGUGGCGCGGCUGUCAGUUUGUUGAAUGUUUUGAGCGAGGCCGCAGAGGGGCUUUGAGGUCACGAGGUUAAUGUUAAUGAUUUGAUGAGUUACGCGAAAGGUCAAAGUUGUAUAACGAAGGAUGACUGAUGUAGGAUUUCAUGAGUUAUGAAAUACAUAGCGCGGUGUUCUUUCGUUCGGGGGCAUGCUGCUUGUUUCUUUGGUUGGAUGUUGUACGAUCAUCUUGGAGACCCAAAGAUAUCUUGGCGGUAUACA